AUGACUACUCGAAAGCCAAUAUCUUGGUUCCUAACUGAACAAGGAAGAAGAUUCUCUUUUGCUAUUAUUACAGGAACAGGUAUUGCAUUGACAGCCAUAAGAUUUACUCCACAUACGUUUUUAAUUGAUAAAUACAGAGAAUACGUUCACCACUACAGCGCCGGAAAACCUGUUGACCUGACAAAACAAAUUCAAGAAAGAUAUCAGAAGUGUCUUAAUACUCUGAAUUUUUCUGAGGUGCAUAGAAAAUUAAUUAAGCCCUUUACAGUUUUUGGAUUUGAUUUGUUUCAUGCUGGCAGUACAAGCUCUAGGUUCGGUGUUUUAGUAGGAAUUCCAGUAAAUUUUAAUUACCAAAGUUUAGAUGAUGUUGCAAAUGAUAAUAUUCAGGUUGACCAAAAACCAAUAGAUUUAUCCUCUGACGUUGGGCAAAAGCUUGCACAAGCAUUAAUACUUCCUGAAAAGGUGCAGGAAUUUGCAAUAUGCAGAGAAAUAUUGAUGACUCAUAAUAGUAAAGUUAUGUUUGAGUCAGUAUAUCCAUUUAUGUCAAUUUUUAUAACAUACAAUUUAUCAACAUUUUUAAACAAAAAACUUAAUUUAUAUGCUGCACCAGUGGCUAUUCGAGCUUUUCUAUACAGUAUCACUGGAUUAUUUGGAAUAGGAACAUACUUUCUUUUCAAGGAUAUGACAGAAGUUUAUUAUGAAACAUACACUGAUGAAACUCUAGCUGAACUUGAUCCUGAAUUUGUUGAAAGUGGUGUUAUAUUCUAUGACAAACUUUUAGCUAGAAAUCAAGCUUUAAGAGAACUAAUGGGUACAAAAGGUGAAAGCAAGUAUACUAUAAAAGGCAACGAAAACUAUACUUUAAGACAACCACAUGUUGCAUUAAUUCAUAGAAAACAAUAUUUUGCAAGCAAGUUAAAAGAAAAAACAGAAGAUAAUGAGAACCUAGACAAAAUGAUAUAG